GUGAGUUCAUGUGGUUAGUUUCUCUUCACACAUCUGUCGGAACCGCCCGCUCGACAUCUGCGCAACUUCUCUCCAAUAAUGGUCAUUUUUCUCAGCGAAAAGAUUGUUGUCAGCUUUCUCCAGGACUGCUGGAUUCCGCGUCUGAAUGUUGCGUUAUAAAGAAGACUUUGUCUUUUCCCAUAAUGGAGCUAUAUUUUGUGUGCUCGAGGACUUUCCCCGUGUAAUCUGACUGCUUUAGAUUUGUUAUUGGGAGGAGAGACUAUGUGUUCUUCGGGAUGGGUGCGAACAAUGGCAAACAGUGUGGAAGCGAAGGCAAGGGUAGCUCCAGUAUCUCCUCCGAUGUGAGCUCCAGCACUGAUCAUACGCCCACCAAAGCUCCCAAGAAUGUGGCUACCAGUGAAGAUUCGGACCUGAGCAUGAGGACGCUUAGCACUCCCAGUCCCGCUCUCAUUCUGAAAAGCCCUCCUCAAACCGCCCCAAACGGCCAUGAAACAUCAUCCACGUCUUUUAACGUCACUGGUGAAACGGUCGCCCUGGUUCACCCGCCUCCAGGCACUCGCUCACGGCCUUCCAAAGUUCCUCCCAUCGCCCUCAUUGAUAUCCUGCCCGAUCCUGUUUUACUACACGUCCUGUCAUACCUGUCCACCCCUCAGCUGUGCCGCUGCGCUCGUGUGUGUCGCCGCUGGUAUAACCUGGCUUGGGACCCGCGGCUCUGGAGUGCCAUUCGUCUGACCGGAGAGCUGCUGAACGCUGACCGGGCCCUCAAGGUGCUGACCCAUCGCUUAUGUCAGGACACUCCCAACGUCUGUCUGACCCUGGAGACCGUGGUGGCCAGCGGCUGCCGGAGGAUGUCGGAUCGUGGGCUGCGUGUGGUAGCUCAGUGCUGUCCAGAACUGCGGCGUUUGGAGGUUGCAGGCUGCUAUAAUGUGUCCAACGAAGCAGUGUUUGAUGUGGUGUCCCAGUGUCCCAGUCUGGAACACCUAGACGUAUCAGGCUGUCCUAAAGUGACCUGCAUCAGCCUGACGGAGGAGGCGUCUCUACAGCUCACACCUCUACAUGGACAGCAGAUCGGCCUGCGAUACCUGGACAUGACAGACUGCGUAUCACUGGAGGACGAAGGCUUGAGGACCAUCGCAUUUCAUUGUCCGCGUCUCACACACCUCUACUUACGGCGUUGCAGCCGCCUAACAGACGAGGCCAUGCGACAGCUAGCACUGCACUGCACCGCGUUACGUGAGCUUAGCCUGAGCGACUGCCCUCUGAUCGGAGACUUUGGCUUACGUGAGGUUGCUCGCCUGGAGGGCCGACUACGCUAUCUGAGCGUGGCACAUUGUAUGCGCAUAACAGACGUUGGACUGCGUUAUGUAGCGCGCUACUGUCCGCGGCUCCGCUACCUGAAUGCGAGGGGAUGCGAGGGGCUAACGGACCAGGGUUUGAGCCACUUAGCUCGCAACUGCCCCCGAUUGCGGUCUAUAGAUGUUGGUCGCUGCCCGCUGGUGUCGGACGCUGGGCUAGAAGCGUUAGCACGUUGUUGUGAAGGGCUACGAAGGCUGAGUCUGAGGGGCUGUGAGAGUUUGACAGGGAGAGGGCUCAUGGCGCUAGCAGCGGGAUGCCCCGAGUUGCAGUUACUAAAUGUACAAGAGUGUGAGGUGCCACCUGAGGCACUUCGACUGGUCCGACAGCACUGCAGACGCUGUGUAAUCGAACACACCAUACCUGCUUUCUACUGAGGGGACAGGUUGGGGACGCCAGAGGUGUCGACCUCUGAAAAACAGAUGUUUAUACUUUUUGCAUUCCUUCGACUGCCUGAUGAGACGCAACAAGGUGGAUGUGUCUCAAGACCUAGUGCAAGAGUGCUCAGUCAUUCUCCUGGAAGGCAACUCAUGCAGAGUUUUUCUCCAACACACCUGACCGAAGGUUUCUAGUAAACCUGACUGUUAUUGGAUGGUUCAAAUGUUUAAUUUGGGUUGGAGCUAAACUCUGCAAGACAGUGGCCCUCUAGGAGUAGGAAAGGACACCUGUGACCUAAUGAAUCAGUUCAAUGUCUACUGCAGUGUUUUCCAACCUUGUGCCUUGAGGCACACUAACAGUACACCGUUUGGAUACCUCCCUUAUCUAAAAUUCUGGGGCAACUUAUGGGUGUCAAACCCUGCUCCUGGAGGAUCACUGUUAUGUAGAGUUUAGCUCCAACAACACCUGCCAAGAAGUUUCAAGUAAUCCUAAAGAACUUAAUGAGCCUGUUCAGAUGUGUUUAAUUCAGGCUGAAUCUAAACUUUGCAGGACAGUGGACCUCCAGGGUCAGGAAAGGUCACCCUGAUCUAGUGAGCCAACUUGUCAUCUACUGCAGUGUUUCCCAACCUCGUUCCGGAGGCACACGAACUACACAUUUUGGAUGUCUACUUUAUCUGACCCAUCCAUUUUAAGUCUAGGAGUCACUACUAACAAGCUGAUUUGAUUCAGGUGUAUUUGAUUAGGAAGAGUUUAAGAAAUGUGCACUGUCUCCACAAACAGGCAUGGGAAACACUGGCCUACUGAAAUUCUGGAGCAACUCACAGAAGUUUGCAGUAAUCCUAAAUACUUUGAUCAGCUUGUUCAGAGUUUAGCUCCAACUUGCAUCAACCCACCUGCCUGAAAGUUUCUAGUAUGCCUAGUAAGACCUUGAUUAGCUGAUUCAGGUGUGUUAAAUUAGGGUUAGAGCUAAACUCUGCAGGACAUGUGUACUGUGUCUCCAUUAACUUGUUUGGGGAACACUGGUCUCCCGCCUACUAAAACUUUGUGGCAACUUUGGGUGUCAAACCCUGUUCCUGGAGGAUAACUGUUCUGCAGAGUUUAGCUCCAACAUACCUGCCAGGAAUUUUCUAGUGAUACUGAAGACCUUGAUCUUGAGCUUGUUGUGUUUAUUUUUUAGGUUGGAUUUAAACUUUACUAAAAGGUGGCCAUUUGAGAGCAGGAUUGAACACCCCUGAUCUAGUUAGUUCUCUUGCUGUUUACUGCAGUGUUUCCCUAUCCUGUUAUUGGAGACUCACUCACAAUAUACAUUUUGGAUGUCUCCCUUAUCUGACCUAUCAAUUUCAAGUCUUGGAGUAUCUAUUAAUAGGCUGAAUCUAAGCUCUGCAGGAUAGGUCACCCCUGACUUUGUGAGUCAAUUUGUUGUCUGCUGCAGUGUUUCCCAACCCUGUUUCUGGAGGCACACCAACAGUACACAUUUUGGAUGUUUCGUUUAUCUGAUACGUAACAAGCUGAUUUGAUUGUGAUGUCUUUAAUUAGGAAGAGUUUGAAAAUGUGUACUGUGUCUUCAUGUACUUGCUUGGGAAACACUGGUCUCCUGCUUACUGAAACUCUGGGGCAAUGUUUGGCAGAAUUUAGCUCUAACACACCUGCCAAGUAUUUCUAAUGAUACUAAAGGUCUUGAUAAGCUUGUUCAGAUGUGUUUAAUUCAGUCUGGAGUUAAACUUUACUGGAAGGUAGCCCACUGGGAGCAGGAUUGGACUCCCCUGAUCUAGUUAGUUGACUUGCAGUGUUUCCCUACCCCAGGGACUGGGCAACUUCGGUCCUGGAGGGCCACUGUCCUGCAGGGUUUAGCUCCAACCUAAUCCAGCAUACCUGCCUGUAGCUUUCUAGUGGUCUUGAAGACAUUGAUAGCUUGUUCAUGUGUAUUUGAUUAGUGUUGGAGCUAAACUCGCAAGACAGUGGACAUCCAGGACUGAAAUUGCACAACCUACCCUACCCUGUUCCUGGAGGCACACCAGCAGUAUACAUUUUGGAUGUUUCCCUUAUCUGACCCAUCAGUUCGAAGUCUUGGAGUAUCUACUAAUGAGCUGAUGUACUGCUAGCAGGCUUGGGAAACACUGGUCUCCCACCUACUCUGGGGCAACUCCAGGGUGUCAAACUUUGCUCCUGCAGAGUUUAACUCCUUCCAAGUUUCUAAAGACCUUGAUAAGCUUGUUCAGAUGGGUUUAAUUUGGAUUGGAGCUAAAGUCUGCUGGAAGGAGCAGGACUGGAAAGCCCUGACCUAGUGAGUUGACUUGCUGUCUACUGCAGUGUUCCCCUACCUUGUUCCUGGAGGCUCAUCAGCAGUAUGCAUUUCUGAUGUGCAUCUAAUCUGACCCAUUCAUUUCAGGUCUAGGAGACUGUACUAAUGAGCUGAUGACCUGAAUCAGAUCGGUCUGAUUAGAAAGAGUCUAAAAAUGUGUACUAUGCCUCCUCAAACAGGCUUUGGAAACACUGGUCUCCUGCUUACUGAAACUCUGGGGCAACUUAGGGGUGUCAAACUCUGUUCCUGGAGGACCACUGUCCUGUACUACACACCUGCCAAGAGGUUUCUAGUGAUCACAAAGGCCUUGAUUAACUUGUUCAGAUGUGUAUUUGGGUUGGUGCUAAACUCUGCUGAAAUGUAGCCCUCCAGAAGCAGAAUUGGACACCUCUGACCUAGUGUGUUGACUUGAUGUAUACUACAGUUCUGGGGCAAGUCAAUGGUAAACCUAAUUGAACACACCUAAACCACCUAAUAGAGUCUUCAGGUGUACUAGGAAGGUCUGGACAGGUGUGCUGGAGUAAGUUAGAAAUAAACUGCAGGACGGAGGCCCUACAGGAAUGAGAUUUGACAUCAAUGGACAAAUAAGCAGCAUUUUAAGCCUAACCACACAUAUGAUUGAUGCAACACUCACAAUUUUGACAGUAGCAUGUCAAAGGCAGUAUCUUAGGUUUUGAGACACAUCCGGUGCGUAAUGUUGCUUCUUGCAGAGCUGUAUCAUGCUGUUGUAAUAAAAAAAAACAAAAACAAUAAAAAAACUACAUGACAUAUAGCAUAAUAUUUAUCACAUGAAAGAGAUGCAUUAUUGUCACUGUACGUCACCAGUAAGCUGGUGUUUCCUAGGUGUCUGAACUAUGUUUAUUUGAGUUGAUUUAUGUAUUGUUUUCUACAAAAGCUCUUUAGCUGGUUGUCUAUGUUCAGAGUCCAUCCAUUACAUGGUUAAUGUUAAACUUUAAACUAUUCAUUUAGUUACAUGGAAUCUUCCUAGUUUUCUUCAGAAAACUCAUAUUUGAUUUCAAGAGACCGACUUGGUUCAAAAUAACGAGGAAAUAUGGGCAUUUGCACUUUAAAGGGCAUUACUGACAAUCUCGAAAUGAUCUAAAAGUCUUAGAAAGUCUUUAUUUCAUAUCCCAGCUAACGCUAGUCAAGGAUUACGUGAGAUUUGUAAAGGUUUCAUUUUGUGAAAGCAAUAUGUUGCUGCUAAAAACACUCAAUAA